AUGCAGAAUGCUGAAACUACGCAGCCGUCAGUUGUUACACCAAGCUCUACUUCACCUGCUGAUUCACAGGAUGAUAAAAGUGUACACAUGGAAGUGAUGACAACGCCGAAUGUUACGGGAGACGCAGAAAACACAGAAAAUUUACCAAAAGAAGAAAAACCAGAGCACAUAGUUAAAAUAAUUGAUGUAGCAGUGGAAACACCCCCGGAAUUUUACAAACCGAAAACUCUAGAUGACACAACACUGUCGUUUUAUAAAACAAUAGUCAAAAUUAUGGAAAGAUUAUCAGAAGCCUUUCAUAAAAUAUACAGAGAUGUAGAGAAAUUCAAGGAAAAACUCAAACCGAAUAGAAUCUGAGAAUAUGCUGCAGUGAAGUGAAGUUU